AUGACAACAUUUAUAACGGCAACUAAUAUACCACCAUCAACAGCCAUGAUAACAGAAUUAUCACAAUCCUCUGAUGAUGAGCAAAAUCCAACUGCUAUUUUUCCAAAUCAUCAUUUUACUCUUGACGAUUUACAAUCAGCUUCAAAAUCUUUUCCUUUGACAGAUGAUGAGAAUCUAAGCAAUGAAGAAAAUGAUUAUCCUGAAUCAUUUCAUUAUAAAAAUAUUUGGCCACAAUUAUUUAACAGACGUUAUGCAAACAAAGUUAUUCGUGGUGGUAUUUCAAAUGUUAAUGGUGUUGAUGCUCGUGUUUGGGCAAUACCAUAUCGAUUUGGUAAACGAGCUGCUAUGCCUUAUCGAUUUGGUAAACGUGCUGGCAUGCAUUUUCGACUUGGAAAAAAAAGCAUCACAUUAUAA